UCCAGAGGAUGUUCCCGUCGGUGUGGAAUAUGACAUCGUUCUUCAGCUGUAUCUCUUAACAUUGUUCUCUUGACUCAUUAACAUUCUCUCAUUCCCUUCCCUUUCUCAUUCUCAUUCUCAUUCGACAUUCAACUACCACCACCACCCCUCGUUCCGCCAAGAUGUCACUUAUCGACGAAUUCCGCUCUGGAAACUUCUCCCUCUACGGCCAAUGGUGUGGUCUGAUCUCUAUUAUCGCCUUGAUCAUCUUUGGCAUCAUCAACUUCUCGCUUGGAUGGUCCCUCAUGGGAUGGAUCAUCGCUUUCUUGUUGGUCUUUAUUGAGAUCCCUCUUUGCAUGAAGUGCUGUCCCACAAGCGUUAACUUCGACAGCUACAUGUCAAAGUUCCAAAACUCCUACCUCCGCACCGCAGCCUACCUCGUGUUCGCGGUUUUGAUGUGGGUUGCCGUUGGUGUGGGCCAUAGAACCGUCCAGGUCGUCUCGGCUCUGUUCUUGACGUUCGCAGCCAUCGCCUACGGAAUUGCUGCCAUCCGCGGUCAAACCCCGGCCUCCAGUACCGUCACCGGAGGCACUGGUGUUUCGACCAUUGUAUAAAUUCAUCAACAUACUCAUGCCCACGACAAGGUCGACUACAUUACUGCUCAACUGUUUACCUCAUGUUACUAGCUAGAAUCCUUCCCUCCUUUCCUCCCCCCCUCCUCCUCCCCCCUUUCGUGUUCCCUC